GGGACUAUUCAAUGCUGUUGAGAAAAGCCAAAGGAUAUGAGGAUCACUGGAGAAAUUCAGGAAUGUCUUUGCAACAGAUGAUUACUUAAGUUGGAUAAACCUGUUUGCUGUUAUCAUUUGAAAAUUUCACGAAACUGGAUGGCUUCCACAGGGAGCCAGGCCUCGGAUAUAGACAAGAUUUUGGGGUUCUUCAGUGAUGGCGCACCCCCCACCAAGAAGCCCAGGAAGCUGCUCCCAAGCCUGAAAACUAAGAAGCCUCGGGAGCUGGUGCUGGUGAUUGGGACAGGCAUCAGUGCUGCGGUCGCGCCCCAGGUCCCAGCCCUGAAGUCCUGGAAGGGGUUGAUUCAGGCCUUACUGGAUGCAGCCAUAGAUUUUGAUCUUCUAGAAGAUGAGGAGAGCAAAAAAUUUCAGAAGUGUCUCCAUGAAGACAAGAACCUUGUCCAUGUUGCCCAUGACCUCAUCCAGAAACUAUCUCCCCGUACUAGUAAUGUCCGAUCCACAUUUUUCAAGGACUGUUUAUAUGAAGUAUUUGAUGACUUGGAGUCAAAGAUGGAAGAUUCUGGAAAGCAGCUACUUCAGUCAGUUCUCCACCUGAUGGAAAACGGAGCCCUGGUGUUAACUACAAACUUUGACAAUCUCCUGGAGCUGUAUGCGGCAGAUCAGGGCAAACAGCUGGAAUCCCUUGACCUUACUGAUGAGAAGAAGGUCCUUGAGUGGGCUCAGGAGAAGCGGAAGCUGAGCGUCUUACACAUCCAUGGGGUCUACACCAACCCGAGUGGCAUUGUCCUUCACCCAGCUGGUUAUCAGAAUGUGCUCAGGAACACUGAAGUUAUGAGAGAGAUUCAAAAACUCUAUGAAAACAAGUCGUUCCUCUUUCUGGGCUGUGGCUGGACUGUGGAUGACACCACUUUCCAAGCCCUUUUCCUGGAGGCCGUCAAGCAUAAAUCUGACUUAGAACAUUUCAUGCUAGUUCGGAGAGGAGAUGUGGAUGAAUUCAAGAAGCUUCGAGAAAACAUGCUGGACAAAGGGAUUAAGGUCAUCUCCUAUGGAAAUGACUAUGCUGACCUUCCAGAAUAUUUCAAACGACUGACAUGUGAGAUCUCCACGAGGGGAAGGUCAGCAGGGAUUGUGAGAGAAGGCCAGCUGAAUGGCUCGUCUGCAGCACACAGUGAAAUAAGAGACCAUAGUACCUGAGAGGGCUAGAGGAACCGCCACCAUUAGAUCAAGCUGUAAGGGCCUACCGUGGAGUGUUUUAACAAGUGAACUUAGAAGAACCCGAAGCAGCUCCUAGGAAGUACCGAUACCCAGAGGCUGAAGGCUGGGGGUUAGCGGAGAUGUCCAACUUAAUCCUUCGCGCCGGCUGGUUCCUCUGCAGCCUGUUCCAGUUCAAUACCCAAGUGGCCCAGAUGGAGCCCCCGCCCCAGCCCAGGCUGGACAGGCUGUGUCCACACAGCGGGCCAGCAGGACACUUCCGCCGACCGUGGCUGCGCGGGGGGCUCGGGCUCAAUGCCGCGGGUUCUCCGUGGCCCUCGUGGCAGUUUUGUACUCUAUACUUGGUUUUUCAAUUAAGCUUAAUGGCUUUUUUAAAACGUGACUUGAAGCUCUAGUUUUCUAGACCUUUUACAGUGUACAGUAUUUUACAUAAUUGAGCUGUAAUAUUAAAAGCUUCUUCAUUUA